AUGCCGACGCCGUCUCAUCGCCAUUGCCCUAACCAUCCAAAGGGGGAUCACGGUGACUGUGCUGGAGCAUGCGGUGGGGACGGCAUCCCCGUCAUCGACCUCGGCGUCCUCCUCAACGGCAACGCCGAGGAACGAUCUCAGGCGACACACGAGCUCGGCCAGGCCUGCGAACACUGGGGCUUCUUCAUGGUGAUUAAUCAUGGGGUGCCUGAGGCGCUCCAAGAAGAAGUGAUGGAGGCGUGUAAGGAACUGUACAGCUUACCGAGGGAUGAGAAGGCAGAAUACAUUGCUGCUGGCCCAAAGGAUCCUGUACGUAUUGGAACAGGUCUCUUCUACUCUGACGUCGACGAUGCCAUAUGUCGGAGGGGCUAUGUGAAGAUGGUUGCUCACCCAGAGUUUCACUGCCCUGCAAAGCCUGCAAGGCUGAGAGAUAUUGCUGUGGAGUACUCUGCUCGAACGAGGCAGCUGUGGCUGGAGCUUGCGAAGGUGGUCUCCGAGAGCCUGGGACUUGAUCGUGGCCGCAUUUCUGAAGUCCUAAACCUUGAGUCCUGCUUCCAGAUCCUUGUCGGGAACAAUUACCCGCCAUAUGCUGGCUCGGAUGGGGUUAUGGGAAUUUCAGCCCACUCUGACCACGGCCUUCUCACUCUGCUCUUCCAAAAUGGCGUGGAUGGUCUCCAAGUCAAGCACAACGGCCAGUGGAUCACCGCAAAGCCCCUUCCAGGCUCACUGUUCAUUCUCACCGGCGAUCAGUUGGAGAUUGUGAGCAAUGGAAGGUACAAGGCCGUGCUCCAUCGCGCACUGGUCCACGGUCGGCAGACGAGGAUGUCGUUCGUGAGCCUGGUCGGGCCGUGCCUAGAUGCUGUCGUAGAGCCAGUCCUGGAGUUAGCACAGAAUGACCCCCAGGGCAUGAAGUUCCGGGGAAUCAGGUACAGGGACUACAUGGAGCACCAGCAGAGCAGCAAGAUGAACACAAAAGCAGCACUGGACAUCGUUCGUGUGCAGGGUGACAUAUUGACAUGUGAGAGCACAACUAACAAUUCAACAGAGGCUGAUUCUUCAGGUUACAGUCCUACAAGUUGA